CUGUGCCAGUGGGAUGUCUUGAGAGGAGAGAUGAGUAGAGGAAGCUGGAUCAGAGUGUGAACAAUAAGUACUUAGGUAAUUGUUCUUUCAGCGUAUUCGUAACGUCGGACGAAAAUGCCGAGAGCCUCUUCUCGCCGGUCGUCUGGCACCCGCGCUGCUUCGGUGCCAAAGAAGAACCAGAAGAAGAAGACGGGUCAGACCGAAGAAGGAGACGAAAUGGAGCUCGUUGAUGUGACAAAGGCAACAUCAUCAAAGAAAGCAAGCAAAGAAGUUACUUCUACAUCUAAAGAGUCCUCAACAAAUAACGACCUUGCGGACGCUAUCCUCCCUUUCGUCAUGGUAUUUGGAGGUUGCUGUCUCGCAAUGCUGUUCUUCGAAAAAGCGCUCAAGCAGGAUCCGGGUUCGAGUAAUUUUCUCACGUUUACAGAGCUCGUUUUCAUCGCGGCUGAGAAUGCACCACGAAGGAUAGCGCUCAUGUCCUCCAGCAAGAAGCUAGUGGCCUCGAAGAAAGAUCAUUUGACACACGCAGCUCUGUUCGUUAGCAUGAGCUGGCUCGUCAACUAUGCGUUUUCGUGGAAGAUAGCGGUAAUAUUCUCGGGUGAUCGAAGUAGAAUGUUCCUACAACAGAGUGAAGACACAACUGUAUCUAAAAGCUACUACUAGGGAGGCUUCUCUAGAAGAUUUCUGACCCUGCAUUAGCAACCAAAUGAUAAUUACUCAUACAACAACUGUCUAAUGGAUGCUUUAUGAGCAUGAUCUAAAGCGCCUUCCCCUAUCUUCACCCAGGUCCCGAUCCACACGAUUGUGCGAUCCUGUAAUGUCGUCGCAACCCUGCUGCUCGGCUAUUUCAUCUUCGGCCUCACUUAUAGCAGAAUACAGUGUAUUGCGAGUGUUCUAGUGACGGUGGGAAUUCUAGUAGGGACGUUUGCAGACGCGAAAGUAGUGGGAGAGUGUUCUACGUUUGCAUGCCUUGGCGAGUUUCAGACAUCGGCUGAGAUUGCAGUGUGGAGCGUGGGUGUCGGGAUUCUGCUGCUGUGCCUAGUGAUGCAGUCAACAUUGGGCCAUUUGCAGAGGCGAAUGUACUUCUAAAUAUGUAGGAGCUUUCUCAUUUUUUCCAUGGGUUGCUUCUGCGAGUAGAUAGACAAUUACGUCAUGUGUAGAUUUCAACUGGACUGAAAAGACCGAAUCCAGUUACCUUACGGAGGAUAUUACACUGUCAAAUUCAGAGCAUUUGAACACAACGAUCUCAGGUAUGAUCCAUACCUCGCAUCUGGAAAGAUUUCAAAAAACGACUUAGCAGAGGAAUUCCUUUACACAUCAUCACUCGCUUCACUUCUCGGAUGCGUCGUUUUUCGGGAGGAGAUCGUCACGCAUUGGGGUACUGAAAAAAUUGAAUUUUUGAUUCUGAUCCAGCUGACUUUCUCUACUUUCACCACCCGAGAAGUAAGUAUUUAUCAUAACACAUCAUUUUAUCACGCUAAUUCUUGCUAACGCACUUGCUUGCUGUAACUCUUCCAACUUUCUUAGUUGUACUACUAUUCCUGUACAACUUCCAAGUUUCACCCUGAUCCUUAAUUCAAAUUCUAGGUAACGCCUUCGCAAGUCCUGCUGUCGACAUUUUCGGCAUUACGCAAAUUCCCUGUCAGUGGCUCUACAUUCUCGGGAAUAACGUAGCGCAAGCCUGCUGCCUCAAAGGAGUUUUCUACCUCAGUACACGCUAUUCCGCCUUGACAGUCAACAUCACGCUGAGUGUGCGGAAAUUUUUCACCGUUGUUUUUUCGGUUCUUUGGUUCCAGAAUCCGUGGAGUUGGCAGCACACAAUGGCCGCCUUCUUCGUCUUUGGGGGUGGAUUGCUGUAUUCUAGCGGUGAACUGCUGCUAGCAGGACUCACAUCUAAAGAUGAGAAUAAGAAAAGAGCGAAGAGUACCGAUAUGAAAAAGAAAAAAUGA